GUUUCUUUCAUGAAUGAGAAGUGUUUUCCUUUCAUCAUACAAAAAUUACAAAAUAUUUUGAUGCCAUUACGUUAAUGACUUGCAUAAUUCUAUCCAAGUUCAUUAACCUUCUCAUUCCAUUUAGACACGAUUAAUGAAUUUUAAUUAUUACUUUUAUGAAAAGUCUAUAACCUGCUUUCGAACUUUGAACUUUCAAUAAUCUCAUUGCUUAAUUAUUAUCUAUUCGUUGCAAGCAAUAAUUAUGAAAUAAUCAAUCAUUCAAAAUUAAACAAUAUUGAGAUUUUUAUAUUCCACUAACAUCCAAGACAUAAAGUACGUAAUUUUGAAAUAGAGUAAAUUAAAAUAGAGGUGAUUAUAGUCAUUAUAAUAUGCUGUCCAGGAGUAUAUCAAGCACAAAAAUAAGCAAACAAUUCAGGACCAUCUGCAUAACUUUUCGCAAAAUGAGUACUGAAGCACCAGAUGUUAUACUGGAAGAAAUAAACAAUAAAGGAAUUAUUACUUUAAAUAGGCCGAAAGUACUAAACGCAUUGGAUCUUUCCAUGGUUAAAAAAAUCGUUCCAGCUCUACAGAAAUGGGAAAAAGAUGGAAAAGUGUGUGUUAUUGUAAAAGGUGCGGGUGAAAAGUCUUUCUGUGCCGGUGGAGACGUGAAAAACAUUGUUUUGGAUGGAAUGAAGGGUGGAAAACUAGGCCAUGAGUUUUUCCGAGAAGAAUAUGCUAUGAAUGGCAUGAUCGGAAACUAUAAAAUUCCUUAUAUAGCUUUAAUAGAUGGAAUUGUUAUGGGAGGGGGAGUAGGUUUAUCAGUCCAUGGAAAAUAUAGAGUAGCAACAGAAAGAUCCCUAUUUGCUAUGCCUGAAACUCAAAUAGGACUAUUUCCUGAUGUUGGAGGUUCAUACUUUCUACCUCGUCUGAAAGGAAAAAUAGGAUCAUAUCUAGCACUAACUGGUGAAAGGCUAAAAGGUGCAGACUUACUGAAAGCCAAAAUAGCAACUCACUACAUAACCAGCAAUAAAUUACAAGAUUUAGAAAAUGCCAUUGUUCAAUGUCAAAGCGCAAGUGAAAUAGAAAGGACAUUAGAUAAAUUUAGCAUUCAGGACAAUAAUCCUUUUGUAUUAGAACCUGUUAUUGAUAAAAUUGAUGCUUGUUUCUCCUCAAACUCUGUCGAGCAAAUUUUCGAAAGACUGGAAAAAGAUGGAUCUGAUUGGGCUAUCAAAACUUUGGGAAAAUUGAAGAAAAUGUCCCCGACCAGCUUGAAAGUCACUUUGAAGAUAAUUAACGAGGGGAAAAAGUUGAGUUUGAUUGAGGCUUUGCAAGUUGAAUACAGGGUAGCUGUGGGAUGCUUAUCUCAUCAUGAUUUUUACGAAGGUGUUAGGGCUCUGCUGGUAGAUAAGGACCAAAACCCAAAAUGGAAACCUAGUACUGUUAGAGAAGUUACUGAUGACAUUGUCGAUAGACAUUUUGCAAGAUUGUCUGAAGAUAAGGAACUGAAGCAUAAAUUGUGAAGAAUCCAGUUUAAGGGGUGUGGAAUAUAUAUUUAAUUGUUUUUAAUCGUUUUGAAUGACUGAUACCCAGUUAUUGUUGAAUUUGGUUCAAAUAUUUUAAAUAAUAUAUAUAAUUCUG